GGUGGCAAGAGAAGAGAAGAGCGCGAGCUAAAAGAGCGAGAACCAACGCAGCAAUGAUGGGCAUGCCAUUCGCUGCCCUUUUACUUAUUAUUUCUAUUUUGAGCUGUUUCACCAACCUUGUCAUUGCUGACAAUUUAAAUUGCCCAAGGUCAUUUGAUCAACAUAGAAACGAACGGUCUAUAGCCUGUUCAAGUUCAACUGAUAUACCAAAACGCGUGAAUGCCUCUCUAACUGCAUGGGGAAAACAGCAUAUCACCGUUUCUCUCGUCUGGCCACUUAUCAACUGUGAUGAUUUCAAAAAUUACAAUGUGAUGGUGACCAUUUACAGGAAAAAUGAGCCUGAUGAUCUCGCAUUCCGUGACAAAGACCGUUACUUUACGAAAUAUUACACCCUAAGGACGGAUCAAAGUAGUCCUGCCAGUUCUGGCACAUUGGAACAGUUCCAAAUCAAGGCCAAACGGGGCUACUAUGGAUUGAAAUUGGUUUUAUCGCCGAGAAUCCGAAAUUUCAAUGAAUGGUCAUCUUCCACUCUCUACGUUGAUGGAGCAACAAAUUACGCUAACCUCUCAUUCAAGCAUUAUAAAAAGGAAACGCUCCGAUUGAGCCUAGACCAAAAAGUUCCAGCCAUAUUCAAUGGACGAAUUGAACCUAAAUUAGAUCCCUAUGCAAAAGUUUACAUCUCGAUGACGAAUAACAGUGCGCACACAAAUCAAUGCGUCUGCGAUGAGAAUACAAUCGAUUGGGUAGUGUUCGACGAAGCGUCACUAGAAGAGCAGAAAGAUGGCGUUCGCGAGUCACUAAAUUCGCUAGAAAUAAAUUGCACAUUGGAGUCAAAGGAUAACUCAACCGUCAUCGAAUGUGACUUUGUCAGAGUUCCAGUCGAGGAAGAUGGCGUAUAUUUCAAGGUAAUUGUUCGCGGAGAUAGUUUGUGUGAGUAUGGCUCCGAGGAUAAUACAAACAUUUGUUGCGCUGAAUUCUUUUAUAAAGUAACAACUAGUCCUACAGACAAAUACAACGCCCCACCAAAGUCGGAUAAUGAUCUCCAUCAGCCUGGAGUAGCAAUGCGUACAAUAGCAAUUCUGCUUGUGGUAGUGUGCACCUUGGCGUCGAUUGGAAUAUUGUUCAUCCUGAUAAAGAAUAGAACCUUCAUUUGGAAGACUUUGAUGAGAAAGUAUGAGAUGGAGCCACAAGCGUUUUCUAAACCACUGAUGAGCACGACUAAUAGAAGUAAAAUGAGCCUUAACAUAUUGCUGGUCUACUCUAAAACCACCAAGAAUUUCAAGGAUGCCGUUGGAGAAUUGAAUAAAAAUCUCUGCACAGUUUUCCCAUCAAGCGAGGUCAUCGAUAUAUUCCAUGAAGAUUACGAACAGCAAUUGAACAUCCAUGGAUUAGAGUUUAUCACCAAAUUCACACGAGAGGGAGGCGCAAAUCCCAAUGUCAAGAUAAUAUUGAUCCACAGUGAUGAAACUGUCGGUCUCCUGCAAAAGCGUGGCCACUUAAAAGAAUGCGAGGAAAACGAGAAGCUGAUUAAAAUCGUGUACAAGGAUCUGACGGAAAACCCGUGCCAGUUGAAAUACAACAAAGUGUACAACGUAUGCCUCGAAAAGUUUCCUCUCACGGAUCCGAACCAGAGAAUAAAAAUGAACAAUCUAACUACUUAUUACUACCCGAGGCACGCUGAAUUGUUGUGCAGGGAUCUUUGCAAGACUGCCGAGGUGUAAAAUCAACACACUUCAAAAGAAGAAACUCUUCACGAAAUUUGCUCCAAAGUACCGGCAAUCAUCAUCUUUUGAAAAAAAAUUAAUUUUGCUCAAAAAAGGUGCAGAGUGCACGAAGGAUCUGUCCGGAAUCUCCAUUUACACUAAUCAUGUCAACAUAAUGCAUAAUCAAUGUAUUCUAUUGAAACAUAACAAAGGAAAUGAUAACGUAUGAUACCGCCGCGCUAUAAAAAUUUCACUAAGAUUUUUAAGUUAAAGAUCGAUUUAGUGUACAAUAAUCAUAAUUUUUUUAUACAUAUUAUGCUUUAAAGAAACACGUGGCCACACUAUUUUAAUAGAAUAUAACAAGGAGUAUAUAUGGUGUGCUUUGAUAGUGGCUCUAUUUAGAUGAUAAUAAAUAAUUUGGUGUCGCAAAAGCUCUAAUGAAGCCGUCAUAACAUCCAAAGCGAGUAAAAUUUAAAAAUCUUUACACUGAUUGAGAAAAGCUUAUUGAUAUUUACCAAAUUGAUCUACGAUUAAAUUAAAAAUAAAACAAAACUAUCUUCUUUUAUAAUAUUUUGCAAGAUAUAAGACUAUUUAUUUAAUCUUAGAACUGAAUAACAAAGGAUUAAAUGUUUUUUAUUUUGUAUAGGUGCUGCUUUUGCUUCCAAAUUUAAAAAUUAGUUUUAAUAAUGUCGCAGUUAUCACGUAGGCGAGUUGUAAAAAAACAAUGUUACAUAUUUAAUCUAGUUCCUGGUCUCAGGCUUAAAGACUUAUGGCCCAAAGCCUCUGAAUGAAAAUCUUGUUCGGGAAAAAGAUAAGUCCAUAUUAUUGCAUCACCGCAAACACAGUUUACUUUUAUUUCCUUUUGCAAUGCCUCAAAGUACAUUUUUCGCCUCCAGAAAGAGCCAUCAAGAUUGAAAUAAUUGUAAGAAACGCACUGGUAAUUUAUAUAUAAUUUUAUCACAAUUUACCCAUAUCCGGUACGCUUAUUGAAAGGAAAUAUGAUAUCGCACAUAAGGCUUUUGAUGACCUUUCUCCACAAAACAAUCAUUAAAAUCGGGCGCUUGUACUUUUUUCUGCAUUCUGUUAAAACAAUGAAUAAAAAUAAUGUACAAACUUUUAAAUCUA